GAAAAGCUUUCAGAACUUCAGCGCACACACACCACUGUGCAAAAUCAGUUGUAGAAAAAAAGGGAAGGAGACAGACAGACGGAGGUUGUUGUUUGGAAAAACUGCAUAUUUUUUAUUUCAUUCUGCUCCUCCCCUCUUCUCUCUCAGCAACUCUCUCUCCCACGCUACCGAGAAGAGAGCAGAGGCUUCAGCUCUCUGGAACUCUCCACUACUCCUAAGGGAGGUCAUGGAUGGACUGCGAUUACCUCCACUCAUUGAGGAUGCGCUGGAAUCUACAGAUGAGCCCUGUGGAGAUCUGAAAGCGGAGAGCAGCCCCAGCCUGAGCCGCAGCAUGGACAAUGAGAUCACAGCCAAGGAGAGAGGAGUACUGGAGAACAACGAAAAGGAGACAAUGGACAGAGAUCAGGAGGAGGAGGAGGAGAAGGGGGGGGGGGAGCAGCAGGAGCCCCUGUCUGAGGAGCAGGAGCUGGAGGAGUUGAGGAGCCAGGUGCUGCAGCUCCUUCUGGAGUUAGAGGAGGCCAGGGGAAUGUCCAACAAACACCAAGAGGCCUUCCACGAGCUACAGGGUCUGCUGGAGGAUGAGCGUCUGGCCAGUGCCCACCAGGCAGAAGCCUUUGCAAGACAGGUCUACAACCUGCAAGCCCAGCUGCGUUCAGUACAGGAGGAGAUGGACUCUCUCGAGGAGGAGAAGGAGAGUGAGCUGACUGAGGCUCACGAGGAUCUACGCCUCGCCCAGGAGGAGGUUCUGCUUCUGCAGCAGGCGGCUGAGGAGGCAGCGGCCGAGAGGGAGAACGACAUUGCGUCCCUGCAGGAGGAGCUGUGUCGCCUCCGGGCCCAGCUGGGGAGGCUCAACGAUGAGGCGCAGGAGUACGAGCUGGAGAUCACCACACUGAGAGCAGAGAUCAGCAUGAAGAGUCAAAGGAGGGAGGAAGAGAGGAACGGAGGUGAUGUAGGUACACUGAGGCAGGAGUGUGUCACUUUGAGGGAGGAGUGUGAGACUCUGAAGGACGACAACAGACGCCUGACUGAGAAACUACAGCUCCUCCAACUACAGAGGACAGGCUCCAACAGCGUAUAUCUGUCCCUGAAGGAUGGUGAGAUAGCUGGUACAGGAGUGGGGGUGGGCACAGACGAGGGGGGCAUGGCGGAGAGCUAUAUGACCAUGGUCGAGUGCCAGUCUACGAGCCCAGGCACCAACUGCCGCCUUGUGGACGCCUCCAUCCAGAAGAACAUUUCGUUCGAUGGGAAGCCCAUGACCCCCACCGGCUGGAAUGGAGGAUUUGGGGAGAUCUUCUCCCUGAGGGACCAGCUGAAACAGGCUGAGGAGAAGGCCUUGCUGGUACAGAGACAGUGUGAUGGGUUGAAGACGGAGCUGCGGGAACUGCAGGAACUGUAUGACUGCAGCCAGAGGGAGAGGGCUGAAUUGGAGGAGGAGCUACUGCACUGCAAGGCAGAGCUCGAGAGGUUGGCUGGAGGGUGGCAGAGCAACAUCCAUUCGUCUGAGUCCCCUGUUCUCUCCAUCCCCUUCAUAGGAAUGAUUGUAAUAUUGGGAGUGGUUUGGUGCUGGUUGUCCGAGCUGGCGUUCCAGAAAGCAAGGGGAGUGAUAUAGAAUGGAACCCUAUUCUGACCGUCACCGCAGCAACAGCUGCGCUUCUGAUCAUGGUUAGCUUGUUGAGAGCCUUGACCUGAUGUUGAGCAGAAAGACAACUUAUACGGGCAAAGACAGCGAUGUCUGCUUAUAGACCGCUACCUUCCAUUCUACCCUCCUAUCACAUCUAUCUGGGACCCUACCAGGGCACCAACAACAGAUCAGACACCAUUCCUCUAAUUCAUAGCUUGGAAGCAGCAAAAUAUAUUUAGAUGGCAACUAUUCAGAAAAACACAAGAUUUGUGAAAGGAAUGUUCUGAAAUUGGUAGAUAAAGUGAUGUGCUGCCACAGCUUUUCAGAUGAAAACAGAUGGAUUCAUUUUCUCCCCUGUUCUGGGGAACACAUGUCAAGACUUAUUAAGAGAGUGUCUUCGUGAAGCUAAGAAGAGAGUGUGAAUAUAUAGUUUCAAUGGGAGAGUACCUGUUGAACCUAAAUCUAUCUCUACUCCUGUUGUAUCCUAUUCCUUUCCUGUCUCUCUGUGGAUUUGCUUAAGUCCUCCUGAGUUUGAAUGUCCAGUUUUAUUCUUAUACAAUACUCACCUUGUGUCUUUCUACAUGAAUUUAUUAUGCUACUGUCAAUGUUGAGUCCUCUAUUGAUUUGCCUUUGUGAUUAGUUCUCUUUAACAAUAGCAACCUCUGCAUCUUGCACAAUUGCUGAAUAAAGCUCUGUAACUCAUGAUAUUGUAAAUAAGUACUAACAGAAAUGUUCUUCAAAUAUAAUUAUAUCUAUGUGUACUGAAUUAUUUAAGGCACCUGUCAAACUCAUUCCACGUAGGACCAAGUGUCUGCAGGUUUUCGCCCUUGUACUAAUUCGUAAGCAACUCCCCUCACUUGGUUGUCCAGGUCUUGAUUGAAAGGGGGAAAAAAACACACACAAAAAACCCAAAGACAAUCGACACUCCGUGGAAUGAGUUUGACACCUCUGAUUUCAAGGAAUAUGUCAAACACAUUAAAUAAUUAUGUAUUUUGAAUAGCUGGUGUCUUGUGAAUAGAUAAAACCCUAGGGAUUUCUCUAAAUUAAAGUGAAAUUAGUCAUGAAGGUCUAGUCUAGAGUGGCAGAUACUUCCCCUAAAGGCAAUAACUAAUUUAUAACACAUACACUAUGUUGUCAUCAAUAUACACUGUUGUGAAAAACUUUUUGUCCCCUUUCUGAUUCUCUACUUUUGCAUAUUUUUGAUUCUGAAUGUUAUCAGAUCUUCAACCAAAACCUAACAUCAGAUAAAGAUAACCUGAGUGAACAAAUAACGCACCAAUUACAUACUUAUUUCAUAGACAAUGUUAUGCAACACCCAAUCGGUGAAAAAGUAGUUGCCCCCCCCUUACGCUCUAUAACUGGUUGUUUAAAAAAUAUAUAUAUUUUACCUUUAUUUUACUAGGCAAGUCCGUUAAGAACAAAUUCUUAUUUUGAAUGAUGGCCUAGGAACAGUGGGUUAACUGCCUGUUCAGGGGCAGAACGACAGAUUUGUACCUUGUCAGCUUGGGGAUUUGAACUUGCAACCUUACGGUUACUAGUCCAACGUGCCACCUUUAGCUGCAAUUACUCCACCCAAACAUUUCCUGUAGUUGUUAGGCCAUUCCACAAAUGUCGCUGAGUUAAAGCAGAUCUGCAUGGAAAUGUGGGACAAGAUUCUUUCACAGUGAAGUGAGAGACUGAUCAACAACUACAGGUAGUGUUUGGUUGUAGUCAUUCUAGCUAAAAGUGGCACAACCAGUCAUUGAGUGUAAGGGGUCAGUUAUUUUUCACACAGGGGAACUGGGUGUUGCAUAACUUUCUUAAUUAAAUCAUUAAAAUAUGUUUGUUAUUUGUCUUGCUCAGGUUCCCUUUAUCUAAUAUUAGGUUUUGGUUGAAGAUCUGAUAAUAUUUAGUAUAAAAAAUAGAGAAAAUCAGAGAGGGGCAAAUACUUUCACGACACUGUACACUUACAUUUACUUUAAAAUACCAAGAUCAUUCCACUCGUUCUAUCUUUAGUGAGGAUGAGGAUGUUCAAUCUUUGUGUCCAAAUUGUAAAUACCUAUUUGUUAUGGUUUCCUCAUUAAAGAGAGAAGAGUAUGUGAGAUAAGCUCAGCUUUUCUAAAGCACCUGUCAACCCUAGCCCGGUGUUUCAAGCCUAUGUUUAACCACCACCUCACCCACAUAGUAGUGUCCUAUGUGUCACUUAAAAAAAAUGAGUGUUAAAUUACCUAUUUGUAAUCUAUUGAUCAUGUUAUCUACUCAUUUGAACAUACAGUAGCAGCUAUUCAGACAAAGGGACAGUGGGUAUUUAACUUUGAACUUUGAAUAUUUACAAAACACCUGUACGCACUAAUCAUAAUUGAGUUUUCCCUGUAUCCUCUCUCUUGUAUUACUCAAAAUACUAGUAUUAUUCAGUAUUACUACUCUCGUUAAAAUGUAUGUAAAAAGGAACCUACAGGUGUUUUUAUGAGAAGGACAAGAGACUUUAGUGUCUUUGCUUGGUGUUUGCACAUGUAGUUGAGACUGAGAUGUCAUUCAAAUGAAUUGUUCAGAUUGUUCUAGUUCCAGGUACACAGCAUGAGAAUGUUGACAGUCAGCAUUCCAUAGUUUAAUGCUCUUGUGGUCAUACCAGAGAUAGUACAUUUACUUUCUACCAUAUCUGGUCAUAACAUGACAAUAAGCAUGAGUGUGGUGGUGGCAGAGGGUUGGUAGACUAAGUGGCAGCUAAACCAGUUUGACUGCAGAAACCAUUCUUGAAAUUGGAUUGUUAUGUCAAUUAUGUUCAUUUUAUUUGCUUAAUUCAAAAUAUGUCUAGAUUGAACUGUCACAUUCAAAUCCAAGGCAGCAUUUCAAAUGUUUUCAAUUCUCUGAUAACACCUGGGAAAUUUUGUGACACAGUAAAAGUAGAACUACUUCCGAAUUAAAAAACGCAUGCUGCAUACAGUCUAAGAGAAAUGUUAUAGUUCAUUUAUGUUUAAUAUGAUGUUUCUGUUAUACUCUGUAUUUGAUGUAAAUAGUCAGAAGUGGUAUAGAGUAAUGGGAGAGAUAUAUUUCUCCAUUUGUAAUAGAUUUGUAGAAAGUCGAUCUAUUUUGAAAGAGCAGUGUAUAUUUGAUAGCCAAAUUAAGCUAUAUGUAAAAGCCUAUUCAUGGUGUGUUUAUAUUGACAAUUGUUUCAAUACCUAUGUUUGGUUGAGUAAUCACUGGAUGCAUAAUAGAGUUUUUUUUUUUCUUAUUAUUUGCCAGUAUAAGUAUGCUAUCGCUAAAAAUAAACAACCCACCAAAAGCAA